AUGGCCAGGAAGUCUAAAUCGCAUAAGCGACAAAGAAGCAAGGUCGCGAGGCGGAAGCCUGAGACCGCAGAGAGCCGUCAAAAAGCCUUGGCAAGUCUGAUAGAUGAGGUCAAAGGCAGUCGAGUUGUGGGCGAAAACGGCGUAAAUUCGGAUAACAAAGUCCAUGAUCCGGAGAUAAAUCUUGCCAAUGAGUAUGCCGAAGUGUUUUCCAAAUUUCAGGCACCACCUUCUCCUUCAAGCGAAGAAAGAACCACUGUAGUGCGAUCAACAACCAUAUUGGAAGAAAAUGGAGAUCCUGACGCAUCUGAUGCUAUUCCGCCACCAGAGGGCAUCUUAUCAAGCAGGAAAUUGCGCAAACUGAAGAAGCCGGCGCUGUCGGCGCUUAAGGCCUCUGUACCGCACCCAGAAGUCAUCGAAUGGUACGAUCGCGACGCACCAGAUCCUUUCUUGCUAGCAACUAUCAAAUCUCAAAAAAACAUUGUUUCUGUACCGAGCCAUUGGCAAUUGAAGCGAGAGUAUUUGUCGGGCCGGUCCCUGAUGACAAAGAGACCCUUUGAGUUGCCGGAUAUUAUCAAAGACACCAAAAUUGAGGAAAUGAGGCAGACUUUACCAGCCAAAGAGGGGCAGUUGGAUGCUUCACUCAAAGAAGUUUCACGCGCUAGAAUACAACCCAAAAUGGGUACACUCGAUCUAGACUACAAGAGGCUUUACAACACUUUUUUUAAACUAGGGUCCAAGUGGAAACCUGACUUACUUCUGGGCUAUGGCGACUUGUAUUACGAGAACAGAAACCUUUGUGAAGAGGCAGCUUGGAAGAAACGUGAACGGAAGGUUGUACCGGGCAAAAUCAGCAAAAAACUCAGAGCGGCCAUGCGUCUUCCAGAGGGCAAGCUUCCACCUUGGUGCGUGAAAUUUAAAGAACUCGGAAUGCCCCCUGCUUACCCAACUUACCUGGUAGCAGGUAUAAAUUGGGAAAUAGAAAAUCUCACGAAUGACAUAUAUGGGACCCUUUCCGUAAAUCGGGGCUCUAAAAACGAGGAGACCUUGUUCGGCCAGAUAUUUGAUUUCGAAACCGAAGAUGAUGUAGAAGAGGACCUUCGCGAAAGACAAGAGAAUAAUGAAGAGCAGCCAAAACUCGAGGAACAUGUCAAUAGUUAUCCCAUCAGAAGCGUGGAGGUUAAGAGCGAAUCAACGACAGCGCCCGUGGCAGCAUUUUUGGAAAAUAUUCCCGAAGAAAAACCCAGUGAUCAAAACAAGCCACUCUACACUGUUAUAAAGGAAAAAACUGAUGGGACUAGUAGUCAACUUACCGGGAGUGGUCGUACUUAUGAAAUAGCGCAGCGUGGAUCCAAGCAAAAGGAUAAGGACUCUGUUGAUGACUAUGAAACAGGAAACCCCGAUACUAGUGACCGAGAAGAUACAGAUUUUAAGUAUUGA